AUGCUGUCAGGUCGGCUGGUGACAACUGUCGCGUUUUUGGUGCUUGCGGCGCUUGUCCACAACUCUUCCGGUGCGUACCAAAUCCGCAACUUGCACUUCCUAUCUCCGACGCAGAACACUGCAGUAUCUUGCACAUCAUCAUCCACUCAGCUUGACAGUGUUGAUGCGAUUACUCAUCCCACCCCGCACCCAAACCCACCGCACCCAACCUCAUUCCACUCGACUCCAACCAUCCCGAUCACCACCAUCCCGACCACCUUCACUUCCACAACCAUCUUUAUCACUGUCAUCACUGCCGUCCCUGACGCGAUCUAUUGCGACUCGACCUUUUACGAUACCGACUAUGGAUGGUAUCAUCUGUUCACGAUGGACAACAGCAACUGGGAAUCGGCCGAUGUGGGCACGGAAGUGCAAUGCUGGUUCAAGGGCUUUGAAUCCGAGCACGAUAACGGCCAUGAAGACCGUUGGUGGAAGUAUCGCAGGAGUUGCAUCACGCAUUCUGGCGAGCAAAUCACGAAAGGGAACGUUCCCGACCAAAACUACUUUCAGAUGAACGAUUGGGAUAAGGAUUUCAGCUGGACUGUGACAGGAGGUCGAACAAUCUACGGGAUGAACUCGCGCCACUGGGGCUCGAAAGAAGAUCGUCUUUAUCAAGUGAAAACCGUUCAAAUGAUUCCCGAGUUCGAGUACACGGGUGGGUGUUCGACGACUGCCGAAGUGAACAACUUUGACGGAAGUCUAGACUACACCUGCCCCCAGUCUUUUCAGUUUAUCGCUGGCAUGUCUUCAGCCCCGCCAACCUCAAUCACUCUCGGCAGCGUGAGCUGCCAGCCGACCACUCGCAGCAUCGGAACAGUGUGCACCUACUCUUGCGAUUCGGGCUAUGUCGUGGACGGCACAUCGCAGCGUGUUGUUCCAGUCACUUGCCUGUCCAGCACUGCUUCUGUCGGUGUGUGGUCGCGCGCGACACCAACGUGUGUUCUGUAUGCGGAACAUUGCCCGCACACUAUGGCAGCGCCAACCAAUGGAGCUGUCAACUGUGAUGGAUACUCGCUUGGUGGUAUCUGCACCAUUUCUUGCAACGCUGGCUUCCGUCUGCGUGGUUACGCGCCACUUGCUACUGUCGAUUCGGUGUGCAAAGCGGAUACCACCUGGUCACGUCCCGAGACGUUCUACUGCGACCCGAUCGCCUGCCCCGCGCUUUCUCUUGGUAAUGGUGGACUGAACUGCGUUGGAGGAACGAUCGCUUACAACUCGCAGUGCACCCCGUACUGCAACGCCGGCUUCACACUGGAGGGCGACUACACUGGCGCAGUGCGCUGCAACGCCUCGCAGCUGUGGAACGCAACCCUCUCUGCGCACUGCCAGAUUGUGUCGUGCGACCCUCUGACUCUCGAAAACGGUGCCAUCGACUGUACCAAUGGCAACACAAACUACCUCUCGGAAUGCACACCGAGCUGCAAUGCAGGCUACACCCUUGGCGAAGCCAACACAAAUCCUGUGACGUGUCAGGCGUCGCGCGAGUGGAGCGCAACGCUGCAAGCAGAAUGCACGAUUGUAUCGUGCGAUCCUCUGACGCUUGAAAACGGUGCUGUUCUGUGCACCAACGACAACACAAACUACGGAUCUGAGUGCAUCCCGAGCUGCAACCCCGGCUACUCGCUUGGAGGAGACUACGCCGAUGUUGUCGAGUGCCUGGCGACACGAGAGUGGGACCGCCCGAUGGACGCCUCGUGCACCAUUGUUGCCUGCGACGUUCUGACGCUUCCGCACGGCACCGUGAACUGCACGAACAACUCGACCGACUUUGGCUCUGAAUGCACUUCGUCCUGCGAUUCGGGUUACCAGCUUGUCGGAGGUUACACGGGUGCCCUCUUCUGCAACUCUUCGAGCUCCUGGAAUGCUACUUUCACCGCUCGGUGCGAGUUCAUCGAAACUCCGUCGUCUGACUCCGCUACGAUCAUAGCGAUCGGGGCUGGUGCUGGUGCGGGAGGACUUUUGCUCCUUCUCCUGGUGCUUCUCCUACUAGUGCUUGCACGUCGUCGCCGCUCAACGAACCAGCAGAAGUCGCUGCACGAGAGGGAUUCGGGUUUCUUCCUCGUCCCUGGAAUUCUUCGUCAACCGAGUGCUACAUCCUACAAGUUCAAUACGACUGUUUCGAACGAGUCGUUUGGUGCGUUUAGCGCCGAGUAUGACACUCUCCAGAGGAAUGAGGUACCUUACGCCACACUUGUUGGCGGAGAGCGUUCUUCCGCCGUCGUUUACGACAGUCCUGCCGCACCUGCCUUCGGAUAUGCACACCCCGUGUUUGUAAACUCCGACAUGGCGACCGAUGAUCAUGCGGAAGUGUCCUACAACAAUCCAGUGUUUGAAGCCUCGGAGGGAGCCGCAGACGAUGAGGGUGCUAUCUAUGUCUCGCCUGACGCGAAGAUCGCCGAAGCGAGCUCGUCAUCACCUGUUCAGUAUGCCAACUCUCAGGCUGUGGAGCAGUCUGCUAACGCGGGAGCAGAUGAGGUUGCAAACUAUGUCUUGCCGAACGCUCAGCCCGCGGAAGCGAGCUCUUCAUCGCACGUCCAGUACGCCAACUCGCAGGAGCAGAAUGCAGUCUAUGAACCAACCCCAGAACUGCCCGCUGAUGAGCAAGUGGUCUACAAGACGCCAGUGUUUCACUCCCCAAGCCCUAGCACUCCAGCUGACUCGUACGUGACCUUCUAG